AUGGCGCGCAGUAUCGACCUCAAAUUUUUAGCAGACUUGUCGGUGCUUGUGGGCACUGGCCUUUCUGUGUACUAUUUAGUUUCGAGACUCUUGAGCGAGACAGAUGGCGGUCCACUAUUCGGUAAAUCGAAAGAGUCCCGGCAAAAACAGUCGCAGACUUGGGACAGUCUAGUUGCAGUUAGGCCGCAAUUACGGGAUGUUCGACUAAGCACUUACGAGCGCACUGUUCUGGCAUCUGUGGUUUUGCCACAGGAUAUUGACGUGACUUUUGCAGACGUCGGAGGUCUAGAGGACAUGGUGGAGGAACUGACAGAAUCCGUGAUUUGUCCGUUAACUAUGCCAGAACUUUACGCCUCGUCGUCGUCCUCAGGAGCAGGGCUCCUUUCAGCGCCACGAGGCGUCCUUCUGUAUGGUCCACCGGGCUGUGGGAAAACCAUGGUGGCUAAAGCUCUUGCUAAAGAAAGCGGAGCGACUUUUGUUUCUCUUCGCAUGUCUUCGAUCUUAGACAAAUGGUAUGGCGAGUCCAACAAGAUUGUCGAUGCGGUUUUCUCACUCGCCAACAAGAUACAGCCGUGCAUUGUUUUCAUUGACGAGAUCGACUCUUUCCUCCGCGAGCGGGCCUCGUCUGACCACGAAGUCACAGCUAUGCUCAAAGCUGAGUUCAUGACUCUAUGGGACGGGCUGACCUCUAAUGGGCGCAUCCUCGUUUUGGGUGCUACUAACCGCAUGACGGACAUCGAUUCUGCAUUUUUGAGAAGGCUUCCUAAGCGUUUUGCAAUUCCAUUGCCCGGCCCGCAAGAAAGACGUCAAAUCUUGACAAUACUAUUACAAGGCUCGGAGCUCGACUCUGAAAAAUUUGAUCUAGGCGCCAUUGUCGCUGCUACGCGUAAUAUGUCAGGAUCAGACCUCAAAGAAUUGUGCAGGGAUGCUGCUUUAAACGCCGCCAGAGAGUACAUUCGUCAAAAACGGCAAUUGGCUAAGACGAAUACUGCACAAGAAGACGCCCCACAAGGUAUAAGACCGUUGAGAACCUCGGAUUUCUACAAAAACCUAAGGAUCGAAUCUCGCAUACCGUUGGCUUCAGCAGGUCUGGAUUAG